AUGCGGCGAUUAUUAGCCGCCGCCAUCUUUUCGUCACUUCUAAAAGUGUCGCUGAGCAUUCAGGUGAUCGUCUCUCAGCAGGAGCGUAGCACAGCUCUUUUUGCAUCAGUCACCCUGCGCUGCGACUUCUCCACGUCCGCAAACCUCCAAGAUGUGUUGAUCACUUGGAGGUUUAAAUCUUUCUGCAAAGACCCUGUGCUGGAGUACUACUCCACAUCUUACCAGUCGGCACUUCAGUUAGGUCAGGAUCCAUCGAACGACUGUCCAGAUCGCCAGCGCACAAUUCGGACGGUGAUUCAGAAGAGAGGAAACAAUGAGGCCAUUCGUGGUGCAGAGUACAGUGAUCGUAAGAUCUCCAUUCAGAAUAAGGCUGAUCUGGUCAUCAGUGAUGUGAUGUGGUGGGACAACGGUGUGUACUUUUGUGCUGUCGACGCAGCCGGCGACACCACUGGAGACUCCGACAAAGAAGUCAAGCUCAUCGUUUAUCACUGGCUAACCGUGUUGUUCAUCAUCAUCGGGGCUGUGCUGCUUAUCAUCUUAUUUGGUGUCUGCUGCUGCCAGUGUUGUCCUCAGAGAUGUUGCUGCUACGUGCGCUGUCCCUGCUGCCCACAGCAGUGCUGCUGCCCGGAGAAAGCGGUCAUGCAGCAUCGUAUGAUGAAAGAAGCUAAGAAGGCCAUGAAUCCCUGGAUGGGAGGACAGCCGAUAUACGGACCAAUGAGCCAGGUUUCCUCCGCUCAAAUGAACCCGCUUCUAUACCCAGGGUCAGUGUCCGGCAAGAGCGUGCCGAUGAAGCCCAUGCCACUGCCUCCACCCCAGUCCUCAGCUUACAGCAUGCCAGCCCAGAGUGUCCACGGUGCCCACACGCCAGCCAACACCAAUCACAUGCUUGACUAUAUGGAGAGUCAAAUGAGGGGGAUGGAUGUGAACAGUCCGAUGCUUCAGGUUCAGCCACCACCACCACCCCCCCAUAUGCAACAGAUUCCCCCCACUCCCCAGCACAUGCCCACCAGCAUCCCAUUUUCAGCCGGGCCUCCCAGCAUGAUAUCUGGGCUCGGCGACGUUCCAUCAGAGCGUCGCGUUAUCACUCUCCCGCCCAUUCGCGAGCCGGGCCGAGUCCCACCCCCCGCGCCCAAAACUCGCCCUCCGAGCUCCAGCGAGAGCAGCCGCGGUUUCGGAUCCGGGACGCCCGCUCGCCGCUAUCCCUCGCCUACACGAUCCAGGGGAAUUCCGAGGAGCUAUAGCGAAGAAUCGCUGGACGGGCGGUCACGCGGCGGGGCGCGGGGAGGCAUGGAUCGUCCUCGAUCUCGCUCCAGGGAUGAUCUCUUCGACAGCAGGUCCAGGUCCAACUACCCCCCGCCGGGAGCACGUCGGCCGUCCUGGAGUUCUGAUGAUGAGGGCGCUAGUCGGAGAGGAGGAAACAGGAGAGGGGGCGGAGGCUGGAGUGAGAAACCUCCCAACUACACAGAGUACGAGCCUGGAAACAAACCAAGGAGGAACGGACACUACUCUGUUAAGAGCUCUCGCAGUGGCACCAGUGUCGUCAUCUGA